GCGUUUUAUUCUACCAAAGUUCAAUGCUAAUUGAUAGGCGAUACUAUGCAUGUGAUGAUAGUAAUUGCAUUGCACAUUUUCAUGUAAUUACGAAAUAUCGUAUCUUAUCUUGAAAUAUUGCACACAAACAAGAAGUUUGGUAUUAUUAAUGACAAUUGGAAAUGAUGAAUGCAUCAUUCACAUGCAUAACUUGCCGUGUGGCAUUUAGAGAUUUGGAGAUCCAAAGGCAACAUUAUAAAUCGGACUGGCAUCGAUACAAUUUAAAAAGAAAAGUAGCUGAGCUGCCUCCAGUUCCAGUCGAAGAUUUCCAGAAAAGAGUUAUCGCUCAACUUAAUCAAGAUAAAUCAUUGAAUGAAUAUAUGUAUUGCGAAGUAUGCGGUAAAACAUUUAACACCAAAAAUCAAUACACUAAUCAUAUGUCAUCUAAAAAACAUAAAGAGAACCUAAUCAAAUCGGAUACGAUUGGCUCUGUUUCGGAAGAUGAGAGUACAAUUGACGAUUCAGCUUUGUCGUCUUCUGUAAUAUCUACUAUUUCGCAUUCUACAACUGUGAAAACAGUUGAUACAGCAAGUAAUGGUGAAAAAACUAUAGACGACAUGGAUGCUGAUUCAGACGUUGAAUCUGUUGAUUCUGAUGAAUGGAUCGAAGAUACUGAAAAUCCUAUCAUAAAUAACAAUUGUUUGUUUUGUAAGAACCACAGUCGAUCUUUAGUUAACAAUUUGAAACAUAUGACGGUGGCACAUUCCUUUUUUAUACCCGAUACAGAUUAUUGUGUUGAUAUCAAAGGUUUACUAAUAUAUUUAGGAGAAAAAAUAUGCGCUAAUUAUAUGUGCAUUUGGUGUAAUGAUUCUGGAAGAGCAUUUCAAAGCGUCGAAUCAGUUCAGGCACAUAUGAUCGAUAAAGGUCAUUGUAAAAUGUUGCAUGAAGGUGAUGCACUUGCAGAAUAUGCACAAUUCUACGAUUAUUCUUCGAGUUAUCCCGAUGUAGAGACAGCAGAUCCAGACGCAGAGGUUGAAAUACCUGAAUUAGAUGAUAGCGAUUAUCAAUUAGUUUUACCAUCUGGUAAUGUUAUUGGUCAUCGAUCUUUAAUGAGAUAUUACAAACAAAGUUUAAAUCCUAAUAGACCAAAUGCCGUAUCUAAGAAUAAUAAAUUACGUAAUAUAAUAUCGCAAUAUAGAGCUUUGGGAUGGACUGAUACAAAGAAAGAAAUAGCUGUUAAGAAAGCUAGAGACAUUAAAUUUAUGCAAAGAAUACAAGCUAAAUACAAUUUAAAAUUAAAUUUGAAAGCUAAUAAGUUACAACACCAUUUUAGACAGCAAGUUAAUUAUUAAAUGCAACUUACAAUUUUCAAAUAAAAUUAGUCAAUAAUGAGAAGAUGUAUGACUAUGUAAAUGAAAUAUCUACUAUUAAAUAUAUAUAGCUAUAUGCUUUAUCGAUAAA